CACAAGUUUUUGUACAAAAUCUCAAUCAGAAUUCAUAACCAAUGUGAUAUGUGAGCUUCCGAGGGGACCAUAUAGGGCUUAUAUGACACUGAAUUAUUAAUAGAGAAUCCAAACAUCUAUAUCCAAAACUCAUAGCUUCUUCUGUUCAUGGAGAGAAAGUGAAUCAUCGUUCAUCAUUCAUCAUUCAUCAUAUAAUAAUAUCUUCAUCGUCAUCAUAAGCAUGAUCGGUCAGUGUACAGUCCCCAAAUGGAAUCUAAAGCACCAACGACAAGCACAAGUCGAAGGAGCAGAGAGUAACAGAUCCACUCACGUGCAUACCCACCAGCUGCAGAAUCCCACUACCCACCUUGGUGUCCCCAUCAGCUUAUUUCAUCAACAGAUGGGUUUUUCUUCCAGGUCCAAUUAUUACGAGGUGGCAGAGCUAACAUGGGAGAAUGGUCAGCUAGCCAUGCAUGGACUUGGUGGGCUUCUCCAUUCUGACCAGGGAACAAAGGCCACAACCACAUGGGGUAGGACCAGCGAAACCCUCGAGUCAAUAGUCCACCAAGCCACACGCCACAGUUCACCACAAAAAAUAAACUCAAAGCAGCAGGGGCAGGCAAAGAUAGCCUCGGCUGUGGAAUCAUCAGACGGAAAAUGGGCAGAAACGUCCUCCGGACACCAGGCACAGAUGGCCCCCUUGUUGUUGAAGAAACGUGCAAGAUCAGAGUCAAACCAGUGUGGAAGCAGCCGAGAUCAUGAGCAAGUGGACCGCAGUGCAUGUGCAAGUGCGAGUCCCACAUUUUGUAGGGAAAGCGACACGACCAUGAUGACUUAUGCUUCCUUUGAAUCCACACCCAGCUUCAAGGCCAAAACUACUGAUAAUGAGGAUUCUGCUUCUCAUGGUGGAUCGGAAAACCCAGAUGAAGAUCGAGAGACCAAAACUGAAAGAGUCAGAUCUCAUUCAAGUAGAAGAAGUCGAGCUGCUGCUAUUCACAAUCAGUCAGAAAGGAAACGACGAGAUAGGAUCAAUCAAAAGAUGAAAGCUCUCCAGAAGCUGGUUCCUAAUGCAAGUAAGACAGACAAAGCAUCAAUGUUGGAUGAGGUGAUAGAAUAUUUGAAACAAUUACAAGCACAAGUGCAAGUGAUGAGUGUGAGAAACAUGCCACAGAUGAUGAUGUCUCCUUUAGGGAUGCACCAACAUUUUCAUCAAAUGUCUCUCUUAGCACGUAUGGGCAUGGGGGUUACUCAUCUAGGCAUGGGCAUGGGGAUGCUUCAUGACAUUAAUACUAUUGGACAUGCCACGGCUACUCCUCCCCAUUCUCUCCCUCCACUCCUCCACCCUCCGCCACCCUCCACCACGCCCGCCGCUUCCUUUGUUCCCCCUCCUCAUCCUCAUCCCUUUGUAGUUCUCCCUGCAGCAAAUCCGGACACUGCCAACAGUAGUUCAGUUCCUCUGCCUGAUCCUUAUUGUGGGUUUUUAGCACAAUCGAUGAAUAUGGAUCUUUACAACAAGAUGGCAGCACUUUACCAGCAACAAAUGAUGAAUCAGCAGAUGACACAAGCAGCACCACAGCCCAACCACGUCCAAGGAUCUUGUCUUCCAUGGCAGGAGCCUCUUGAAGCUGCAAGAUAAAGGGAAAGAAUCUUUACACUUUUGUAUGGAAUCCCAACAUUCCCAGUAGAAUACCUCCUUACAUCACCAUCUUCUGACUCGGUCACCCCCAGGAUCGCCUGAGUAUCGCUCUCGGUGUCUCCGAUUAGUGAGCUAUAACCAAUCUCCUGAAUCCAUGGCAUAGAAUCGGUCCUAAGGAUCAUCGGUAUACCAUCAUGAUCUGGUAUAGCAAAAAUAUUCUCCUCAGCCAUUGUUACCGAAAUAAAACUGCCACCUUCGAAAUCCUGCAUGAGACAGUAACAUUUAGAGAAAAACAGAGUUGGAAACAAAUCUUUCUUAUAUUUUCAUGAUAUUUACAAAAGAAAAGGAAGCCCAAAUCUUACCAAGGAUCAGAAAUAUGAAGAAGCAACCAUCUCGAGCUCUGAAAA